CAUCACCGCAUAUUUACAUAUUCUAGCUUGAACUGACUGUACGCCAUUUUGGCAACACAGGAAAAAGAAGUUACCAUUACCAGGAAUCCGGUUUAAUCCGUGACCAUCCGUUCUUGUAUUUCUUUUGUAAGAGUACAAGUUGUUCUCGGGACAUCACCCAUCGGAACGGGCCGGUAUCCAGACGGUUCGUUCAUCGGGUACGCGCAGAGAAAAUCGUCAAUGAGUGCUCAGACAAAAUGUCCACUCUUUCGGGGAUAGGCAGUAAGGGGGAGAAAGGAAAGGGAAAGUAUACAUCGAUUAAUAUAAACACCAUUUACAAAGGGAAGAGUGUCGAGACUCAAAAAACUACUGUAACUCGUCAGCAUGGGCUUCAAAGCUUGGGUAAAGUGGGAAAUGUUCGGCGUAUGCCGCCACCUGCCAAUUUACCUAGUCUGAAGAGUGAAAACAGCGGGAACGACCCUAAUAUCAGUUUGGUACCGACCGGAGGAUCAGGAUGGGGCAACAAAGAAGAGAAGAAGGAGUCAGGGACGAGCACGAGUGGCAGUCCGCAGCAAUCGUCGCAGCCGCAGCAGGUUACCACGGCGCAUUCGCAGCCACAGAAUUCUCAGCAAAAGACGCCAGUUACUGGGGGCAACAGUACUGGGGUAAAAUCAUGGAGCAGCAUUACUAUGGGAGACAAUUCACAAGCAUCGGCAAAAGUAGUCAGUCGUCAGUCACCACUCUUUCAAGAAGAGUUUCCUCGGUUGGCCGUAGGUGGAGACGAAAAACCAGAAGAUAUCAAGAAGAAAGAAGAAAACAAAGAUGUUCAGUAUGGACCAGGGCCAAGUUUGCGACCACAAAACGUAGGGAGCUGGCGAGAAGGUGGAGGAAAAGGAGUCUUGCAGCAGCCACAACCACCACCACAGCCGUCAUCCCCGACUUCAUCCUCACCGCAGCCACAGAACCCGACCGAAACACAGCAGAAUGGCCCCCCGACGUCCGGUGGGAGUGGUGGAGGGGGUGGGGACUCGAGCCCGCAGACCCCUGUCCCACCCCGCCCGGGCUCAAACCAGGGGCCUGCACAGGGGCCCCCACACAUGGGGCCCCCGGUGGGGAUGCCGCAGCACUUCCGCGGCAUGAUUCCACCCUACUUAUAUGGCCGAUUUCCUCCAGGGGGUUAUCCACCAGGAGGUUAUCCCGGCAUGCCUAGACCGCCGUACCCCUAUGAUGGAAGACGUUUCCGUGGCCCUCCCCCUAACAUGGGCCCCCAGAGACAACUUGACAGUGACGACCCAAAUGUGAAGAGGCCUGCCAUCAUUAAGGACCAGGAUCUGCGAGAGUUUGAUGAGCUUUUGGUCAAAGAUGUAGACGAUGGAGGAUGGGCAGGAGCACAGGGUGAAAUUGACUACUCAGAGAAGUUAGUGUUCAGUGAUGAUGAAGAGGAUUCCAAAGAGAGGAAAGGAGACAGAGGUCAUAGCCGUGAUGGUGACCGAGAGCGACCUCUUCGCAGUGGUCGUGAUGCACGGGACAGAGACACAGGCAGAGAUCGCAGGGAUCCCAGAGAUAAGAGAGAUGUGGACGUGCGGGAUGUUCGUGAUAGCCGAGAGCCCAGAGAUCAGCGAGACAGACGAGAGCCCCGUGAGACAUGGGAAGGGAGAGAACCUCGUGACACUCGGGAGAGACCUCGUGAACUGAGUGAGGGUGACCAUGACCUGCCAGUAGAUGGCAGGCCUAAGAGAGGCGAGGAGCAGGAUGGGGAGAGAGACUACCCAGACAGGCACCGGGAUGAUCAUGGUCCCCCAGUGCCACGGGAAGGCUGGGGCCAGGGACCUCCUCCCCCACACUUCCGAGGCCAGAUGAGGCCCCAUCCCGGAGCCGAGAACGCUCGUGGUUGGCCCAUGCCCCCCUAUGACUUCAUGGCUGGGCCGCGCGGCUAUCCCUUCAGAAUGGGACCUCCAGCCCACCCUGGCCAGCGACCCUCCUAUCCCCCUCAAAUGGCAGUGAACCGAAAACCUGUAGAAAAUGAUGAUGAUGAAAUGUGGCGACAGAGGAGACGACAGCACAAUGAUGAUGUGUCUGCGGCUGUGGAGAAAGCUCGCCAGCGAAGAGAAGAGGAAGAACGCCGCAUGGAAGCAGAACGAAAGGCAGGUGCCGCUGAAAAGCUAAGACAGCUGGAUGAGAGAGUAAGAAAGAAGGAGCAGAAGCCUGACAAAGACCGAGAGAGCGACACAGAGAGCCGAGAGAGUCGCCACAGUCGUACCCCAAGUGAGAGCAGUGAGAAGGACUCUAGAGAGCGCAACUUCCGAGAUUCGAAAUACCCACAACAGUUUUCUGGUCGGUUUGCCAAGAACGUGCCCCCGCGAUUUCAGAAGCAGGUGCAGGAGCAGCGAGAGCAGAUGAGGCAGCACCAGCAGCAGCAGCCUCCUGCUCCCCCACACUCCCCUCAUUCCCCACAUAGCCCCCAACAGCCACCACAAGGCCCUCCACAGCACCCUGGCCAGGGCCCACAACAAGGUAUGCCUCAGAACAUGAGGCCACAUCCAUGGGGUCCGGGCGUGCCACCAUACGACAUGAGAGGCCCUUGGGCUGGCAUGCCACCUCACUUUAUGGACAUGAGGAUGGGACCCAGACCUCCUUUGGAUAUGCCAGGAGUUCCCAUGUACCCUGUUCGGCGUCGUACAGACAGCCAUGGGUCGGGAAAUGAGAGCCACGAGGAGGCAAGAACACCGGAAAUGUAUGAGCGAGACCCUCGGGCUUGGAUGGAGAGGAACUUCCCUCAUGGCCCUCCUCCACCCGGCCCUUAUGAGGAGAUGAGACGCCCUCCAUAUUAUGAACAGCAGCGUUCUUUUUCCGCAGAAUAUGAGCGCAGAGAACCAGACUAUGACCGAAGGGACUAUGAGAGAAACAUGCCAGAUUACGAGUAUGGAGAAAGAGAUUCUGAGGAGCCACAGGAUAAAGACAAAGUUCCUCAAAACACAAAGGAUCUUGAACCGCGCUCCCCUCCUGUUCAGAAAGACCCAUUUGAUGAUUCUCCAGAGAAAGAUGAUCCCAAAGAAAGAGAUUCUCGCCGAGAAAGGCGAGAGGCAAAGAGAAACGACAGGUCAGCUCGCAGAUUUAAUGAGAGCCGUGACAACAAGGAGAACCACCGUGCCGACGACCGUGACAAGCGUGACCGAGGUCAGGGCUAUGAUGAUGAACGCCCCAAGGAUGAGAGGAAGUCAGACUCUGGUUGGGGAAAGUUGUCUCAGUCUCACGAUAGGCGAUCGGGACACCACAAUCAGAGGGAUGACAGCCAUAAAUACAAGUCAAAUAGGCGCGGGGACUGGCAUGGAUCUGCCCCACCCCCAAUCCCCCCACAGCAGUCUCAGCAGAACGUCCUGCCACGUAGCAACUUUGUCGCCUUGAAGCGGUCAGCCUCCAACAUGUCGAACAGCUCUGCCAACGACCGCAAAACAGAGUCCCCAAAAGACAGUUCUGAGAAGGCAGAGGUUGGAAAACAGAGGUCAGCCAGCAAGGAAUCUCUCAAGGAGAGCAAACCGGCGGAAAAAUCUGACCAACCUACAGUGGAGGUGAAGGAUUCAAGACACCAGGAAAAGGACUCCAGUGUCGAGAAAGAAAACAGGGCAACUCCUUUGGAGGACUCAAAGGCAGAGAAGCAGGCAGCCAAUGAGAGAGAGAACGUAAAAGAAAGGAAUUUGGAGAAACAGGGUCCAAAGGGAAACCGAGAGGAUAAGCGAGAUAGAGACCGCUACAGUGACAAACCUCCGGCGAAGAAGAUGAGAGAUGAUAGGCGAGAUUACCAGGACAAAGACCGCGGACAAAGUUUAAGAGGGAGAGAGUUUGUCAGGGGUCGUGGUCGCAAUCGUGGUUCCCGUGGGUCAAGAGGAGGACCCCCCACCAGUCGAGGACGUGGGGGAAGAGAGUACAGGAGCUAUGAGCGACCACACCGACUGUCAACGGAGAGAAACCCUAAACCACGCGGACGUUACAAUGACGGUCGUCAGGGAAAGCUGGACGAGAGUGAACACAGCGAAGGGGAGGACAUUGGAGAAGUAAGGACGCGUCGCCGUGGUCGUGACGAGGAUAGCGAUGCAUCUGUCGAGGAGACAAGCGGCACGGUCAGCGAAAGCUCGAGUGAACGGGCGUCGGAAACUAGAGAACUGUCGCAGAACAAUGUGGGCUCAGAGCGCAGUGGAAACAAGGUCAGGGACGACCGUGACCAAAUGGAAAACUCUGCUGACAGACCCAGUCAGAAGGAACACCACAAGGGUAGUCGCGACGACAAACCCCGUGUCAAUGGCCCUCGUGACAAGCGGGAAGAUAACCGGGAGAAGAGCAAUGUGUGGGAAAACAAGAACAAUGUGUUUGACAGCAAAGCUAACAAUGUCUGGGACAACCGUCAGAACGCGUGGAACCGCGAUCGAGAGGACAAAAAGCAGGAUAAUGACAGCAGGAAGAGGAAUGAGGACACCGGGCCAAAGAGUCGUGACAUGGGAUACAGGGAUCAAGACGACCUGGCCCGGGAUGAUGGCUAUAGGAACCGUGAUGACAGCGGCCACAGGAACCGUGGAAACCACCACUCUGCAGGGAGAGGGGACGGUCGCAAAAGUCAAGGUCGUGGUCGUGGAAACCGUUACCAUUCAGCACCCCCAAGAGGCGGUGGUUCUGGCAGGCCAGGCCGAGGGAUGGGGCAAGGUGGAGAGAUGCACCGCAGGGACAACCAGGACCGAAAUGACAGUCGUCGACCUGAGCGUGCUCCCCCACCACCCAGAUUUGCAAAUGCACGAAGGGGAGGUUAUGGAGAGCGAGGUCGUGGGGGGUCAGACAGAGGUCGCAGUCGAGGCCGUGGUCGAGGAGCGGGGAACCAGCAGGGGUUUGGCUCCAAACGACCAACGUUAACCAAACAGAAUUCCUCGGAUUUUGCUAAUGAAGAGUGGGAAACGGCAUCUGAGAGUAGUGAUGUGUUAGAAAAGAAAAGUGAUCAGCCAAAAAACGAUCAAGUGAACUCUGGCAAGGACAAGAAAGAUUCUUCGUCCAUUAAGAAAAGCUUCAGUAGCCAGAGACCUGUGAAUGAUCGUCAGAACAGAAGAGGUCCUCCUGGUGAGCACCGCAAGUCAAACAGUGGUGAUCGGGUGCGAGACAACCGCAACCAAGAAAGAUCCCCACCAGCGACAAAAAACGGGACGGCUGGGAACAAUCGUACCAAUAGUGCUAAUUCUAAAACCAACCGUACCACCUUGGGCAGCCAGAGCCGCAAGGAAAAUGUGAACCAUGUGUACAGGGUGGAUGAGAUUGUUCCCACAGACCAAAACGCUAUCAACAAUGCUAUUAACAACCUCAACAACAAAAAUAGAGGUGGGCGAAAGUCAGACUUGACAGAUGUGUCCAAGCCACUGAAAACGGAGAAGGAAAAAAAGGAUGCUCUGGCCAAUAUUGAUAUCAACAACUACGCAAGCGUUGUUAUAAUCGAUGACCAACCUGAAGUGAGUAUUGAUGACCCAAACUUCCUGUUUGAGAAUAAUGAGGGCUUUCAGGAGGUGACAUCAAAGAGAACUCAGAAGAGUAAGCAGAAAGCUCAACAAGAAGCAGAACAACAGAAACAGGUGGAGACUAAGAAAAAAGACACCUCCCUGACUCGAGUAUCAAAGACAAAUGUGGCCAAGGUGGUGUCCAAACCCAAAGGGUUGUCGAGUGAGAAGACUCGUUACAAACUGCCUCCUCGUCUUGCCAAACAGAAGGCUGAGAGAGAUCGGGAGAGGGAGAAAAACAAGAACUUCAUGCCAAAGAUUGAAAAUUGGGACAACGAAUUGGCCAAUAACAUUCCAGCCCACAGCGACAAUACCUUCUCUGUUAUGGACAUUGACCCAAAGACUACAUAUGUGAUGAACACAGUGUCUUCAGCGGUUGCAGAGCCAGGCCCUGUAGCCUCCCCUUCCCCCUCCCAGACCACCCAAAGCUCUGGCAAGGCCCAAGCCUACUCUGGCACCCCUUCCCCUGUGCCUUCAUCGGCUCCUGUGCCUGCCCCUGUCCCCGCUGUCAAUGCUUGGAACAAGCCCAUCAACUUUAAUGGGAACAACACUCCUGGCCAGAACAUUGGGGAGCCUCGAGGCUUUGACAAAGGAGACCAACACGACAGUGGAAUUGAUGUGAGUGAUCCACCAAAUUCGGCAGGCUCAUCCCAGCGAAGUUCUCCGAGUGCUGAAAAUAAAAUAAAGGAUGAUCUUCGUAAGGAUGGAGACCGAUUUGGUGACAAGGCAAAGGUAGAGCUGAACAAGAGAUACGAGUCUCCUAAACCUCAGAGAACACCAAAGGUGGGAAGAAGUGAGAAGGUGAGCAUCAAAGGCAUCAGUUUGAAAGAUGACUCAGCUAAGGUUGUGAAGAAACCUGAAGGCAGCACAGCUAAAGUCUGUCCUCUUGACAAACCAGAUCCAAUUGAACUACCACCCAGUUUUAAGGAAUCUUUCUUUAAGGGUGACGACUCCACAGAGAUUAAGCUAGACUUUACAUUUGAUGCUGAGCUGGCCAAACUUACUGAGGAGAAGACGGAGAAGAGUCACCUUAAUGACCUGGUGGAGGAGAGUAAGACUAUGUCUCUCGCAGACACCUCGGCUGUUGUCCAGUCUCCGACUUCACCUGCUGCCCAGGACCUCAAUGACAAGAUUGCCUCUGUCAAACUUGUCUGGGACAACAUACCACCCAUGCACUCCGUCUUUGAGCAAAGCAUAUCAAGUAAUGCCUCCCUAUCGAGCAGUGUAGUCACGGACAGUGAGGCCACCCAGUCUGCCAGACGAACAAGUCCACAGAGCUUCCAGGCUUACAGUAGUGGGAUUGAGACCAGCAUCACGUCUUCGUCAGCUGUGGAGAGCGUCAUUGAUGAGCCGGGUAUCCCUCUGGAGCCUGUUCUGAGUAACAGCAGUAUUGUGGCUAAUGUGGGCAUGAUGUCCCAGGUCACCCAGGAUGCCAUCAUGUUUGCUGACAGUUCUGUGGCCUGCUCACACAUGGAUACAAAACCUUUGACCCUAGAACAGACAAAUGUGUGCAAGGUGAAGCCUCAGCAACAGCUACAACAGCAGCAGUCGUUUUCAGGAAUUAGCAGCAGCUCUGCGAUUGCCAAUAUCUCGUCUGUGUCAGCCAUCCCCAGCCCACCCAUGGUGUUGGCCAAUCAGCCAGCAGCUUUCCAAGCGGCCUUUCAGCUAGGCUCCUCUUCCCUCAUCACACAGGAGCUGCCACGGUUCUCCCAGCAGAGCUAUGGUUACAGCCUGGGCCAGCCAUCAGGACAGCUGGGACAAGCCAAUCUCUCUCAGCAUAACCUAUUCCUGCCGGCAGUCACACCCACCCAGCCUGACCUCUAUGGAACAUCGCCUCUGUCAUCAUUUGCACGCUCGCCGGCGUACGGACAGACAACCAACCAGACAUAUGGACAAGUUGGCACACAAAGCUACGGGCAGACCAACAACCAGACAUACGGUGCAACAAAUAGCCAGACAUACGGGCAGACUGGCAACCAGACGUACGGGCAGAGCGGUAACCAGACAUAUGGACAGACAAACAACCAGACAUAUGGACAGUCAAACAACCAGAGUUAUGGUCAGACUGCCAGCCAGCCAUAUGGCCAAGGAGCUUCUCAGCAGAACACAAUGCUUGUUUCCUCAGCGACGACCACGCUUAUGUCCAGCUCUAUUAAACCUCCCACACAAAACACUUACGGCUCCAUCCAGAAACCCCUGAAUGCUAACGCCGUGCCAUACGGCCAAAGUCUGAAUAACACUACAAUUCAGCCCCCGCAAAUGUACAUUCAGUACGACCCCAAUCAGCUGUUUGGGACGAGUCCGCUUCUGGGUACAAACCAGUCCACACAGAAUAUCAACAACCUCCCAAGUUGCUCAGCUCACAGCUGCUUCAACAAAGGUAGGUUUCAACUGGAUGCCACUGGAGUGUCUGCUGUCCAGCAACAGUCCUCAUUUUACCAGCAACCACAACAGCAGUUACAGCAGACUGGAUUUUACCAGGCACAGCAGCCUUCUUCCAACCUGCCUGUACAGCAUUCCAAUGUAUUCCUGUGCUGGCCUUCUGACAGAGCCCCACUGCAGCAGCCUGGUACCACCGGACCAACCUUCUCUGUACAGGCUUUUAAUAGUGGGAGUGCUGGAUCAUUUGGUAGCCCUGCCCAGGGUCUUGGGCUACCCCUGCAGCCUUCUGCCGGCUCCAGCCCAUCAGUCAACCUCCAGCCACAGCAUUCUGGCAAGGGCUCCUCUCCAUACAGCACAAUGCAGCAGUUGCCAUCUGUGUCCCCCCAGAGUACGCCAUUGAAAUCUCCACCACAUGGACUGCCAGGGAAUGCCAUUCAGGCCCCUUCCUCAUCCAACCAGAGUAAACAGUUUGGAACGUUCAAUCAAACGAGGACGAUGAACCAGCUAAACCAGAGGUUUGUUGGCUUCCAGCCACAACAACCUCCUCAGCAGAACCAGCAACAGCAGCAUGUGCAGCAGUUUGCACCAAAGUUUAACCCUCCAUCUUUUGUUGGGCAACCCAUUCAAACUGCUGCAGUAGUGCGCCCCCCUCAGAUGUUAAUGGGUAACCUGAUUCGUUCCCCAACGCCACACCCACGGCCUAGCUUCCCAGGGAACGCCUCUACCAAGGUGCCCACCUCUAGUUCUGGGGGCACCGCCUCCUCUCGGGCGACACGGCCCGCCUCUCUGUCAGCUGGGCCAACCCCGACAGCCUCUGCCGGCAUGGGGUCAGGAUCAUUGUCAGAGCAGCGUGCUCGGCAGCGCAAGGAGCUGCUGGCUCACUGCAGUAACUUCCUUAACCCAGAUAACAAGCCUGGCAAUAUGAAGAAAGAAGAGGUGAAGAACCAGGUUGCCAAUCAGCAGCAGUUGCCCUCGUCUAAAGCCGAGGAAAAGGAAACCAACAACAAUGACAAGAAGUGAGCAAGGCCACACAGCUGGAACACGCCACCAUUGCUUUGCACAGGAUGUGACGUUAUUUUACCUGACCACAGUGUUGUGCUAUAUUGGCUCCUAGUGUCCUCAGUGAAAAUAUGUUACACAUUUUAAAUAUUGACCUGGAUAAAUAAAGUGUUGUGGAAACUUAAAUUUUUUAUUACAGACUUUGAAGACUUGAAAAUAACACACUUUGAACUAAAAGGCAAAAACUUGGAGUCAGAGCUGUUGACUUUCAGGUCGUUUGUCCUUUGUGCGCGUGUGAACUACUCUGCUGUUCCAUAUAGCCUAGGAUGGACAACGUUCAUUUAAAUGCAGUUCCCCCCACCCCCACCCCCCAAACUGUCAAGCAAGGAGAAGAAAUAAGGAUCAGGGUUGAACAUGGACUUUAAAAAAGUUCAUCAGCAAUUCUGAGUUUUCUGGAAAGGAAUUCCUUUAACCUCAGCUCUGUGUUUUGUUGACACUGGCAGCACGGGAACAUGAUGGUUAAGCUAGUCAGCCUCGGCUCCACAUGGACAGAUUGCACCAAUUGCGAGUCGUCCACAUUGGCUCGCAUCGUCAUUUUGGUUACCGCAUGAAGCGUUUGCCAGCCAACCACACUCGGCAUCAUCAGGCUCUCCAGAUAGGACUUUCGUUGUUCCGCUGUUAGAAGUCUGCUCAGUAAUGCUGCUGUUUUGAAGUUUGUUUUUAAACAUGAAAGCAUUUUUUUUUUCUCCCCUUCUGCUAUCCACAGUACUGUUGGGCUUGUAAAGUUCUUAAUUUAUUUGUGAAUAGGAUGUUGUAUAGAGCUUGUUACAGUGUUUCCAGGGACAGUGUUCUCUUGGCCUGUGUUUUUGGUUAGCGUUGUUGAACAGGUUGAAUUGUGACAAGAUAUAUGUUGCAAGGUUCACAACAUUGUGCAUGUAGAUGAAAUCUUAAUCACAAUAUGCUGUAUGUUGGGUUGAGAGUUCUGGAACUCUCACAUUUCUACGACCUUUAUUUGUUACUUUUAUCUGGUAUUAAGUGAUAAUGGCGCAGAAUGUCGAUUUUUAACUUCAGUGGUUGGUCAAUUGAGCUUUUUUGUAAACCUCAGCAUGGUUGUAUGUACAUGUAUGUAUGUGUGUGU